AUGCGGCGGUCCCUGAAGGCGUCGCGGAAGGCGGGCAGCGUGAGCCCGCCGCCGCGGGACGAGGGCCACUUCGCCCUCGAGGACGAGGUGACGACGGCGGCCUUCGUGCGGCUCUGCGGCGUCGAGGAGCGGCAGUCCGGCGGGGGGUCGCGGAGCAGCUCGCGCGGCGGCUACCUGAGCUUCGGGAGCCGCCACGCCGGGGAGCGCGAGCGCGAGCCGCGCAUGUCGCGCGCCUUCUUCACCGCGCGCGUGCUCGCGGAGCUCGACGGGUCGCUCCCGCGCUACGUCGCGCGCGCGCUCGCCAAGGCCUGCGACCGGGACGGCGACGGCUUCGUCUCCCGGGGCGAGUUCUGCGCGGCUUUGAGGGUUGCGUCGCGGGGGUCCGCCGCGGACCGGUCGCUGCUCCUCUUCGAGUGCGUCGCGCGGCGCGACCGCGACGGCGCCGACGCCGCGGAGCUCUGCGAGUUCGCGCGGCGCUUCCUGAACCACGGCGCGGGUCGGCCCGGCGUGUCGCCGCCGCCGGGCGCGCCCUUGGGCGACCGCGUCGCGCUGGCCCUGCGGGGCGCGCUGCCCCGGGGCUUCGCGAGCCGCGCGCAAUUCGUCGCGGCCGCCGAGGACCUCGAGGACCUCGAGCUCGUCGCGGCCUGCUGCGGCCGCGCGCUCUGCCCGUCGCCGGCGGAGGUGCGCGCGGGGUCGUCGCCGCGGCGCGAGGCCAAGGACGACGACGCCAAGGGCGCGGAGACGCCGCGCGGCGGCGACGACCCGGAGGCGCCGCCCGACGAGUCCGCGCCCGAGCGCGUCGCCGCGGACCGGCUCUGGCGGCGCCUGCGGGCGACGUCCGCGUCGGGCGCCGUCGACGUCGCGGCGUUUCGCAACGCCCUGGGGCCGAACGUGAGCCGCAAGGCCGCGAGACGGCUCUUCGAGACCGUCGACGAGACGCGGUCGGGCGUGUUGCACCGCGCGGAGCUCGUGGCGAACCUGGCGCCCCUGUUGGAUUCGAGCGCCCCGCCCUCCGAGUUUAGGGACGUCGUGCGCGACGCGGCCUUCGUCUGGGGCGCCGCGCGGCCCGGCGACGUCGGCCUCGAGCGGACGAUCGUCGACCGCCUCGCGGCGCCCAGGUUCGGCGACCUGCGCGCGCGGGACCUGAACGUGGGCGAGUCCUGGUUCGUCGUGAGCCGGCGCUGGCUCGACGACUGGGAGACCUACACGGACACCGCGCGCGCGGCCGCCGCGGCCGCCGCGGGCGGCGACGGGACGACGGGCGACCUCAAGCUCUGGAGCCUCCAGGCGCCCGUGGCGUCGACGCAGACCUUGGAGUUCGCCGGGUCGACGCUGGGGUUUACCUUGGGCCUCAUGGGCCACAGCUCGCUGCGCGUGCGCCACGUGAAGAAGACGUGCCCGCACGAGGCGCGGUUGGACGUCGACGACGCGCUGACGCACGUCAACGGCGAGGCCCUCGUCUUCCCCUUUGGGGAGCGCGACUUCACGGAGCUGCUCGUGCGCCUGAAGACGGCGCCGCGGCCCUUGUACCUCGCGUUCCUGCGGGGCGACGGCGUCGCGACGCGGCCGCGACGGGGCACGUGCGACAAGCCCAACUCGGUGGCGAACGGGUCCUUGAUCAUCGGCGACGACCUGCGCGUGCCGCGACUGAGACGCGACGCCCAGCUCGGCGUCGACUACGAGGUGCUGCGCGAGGACGCCUGGCGGGCGCUCGAGGCCUGGUACGGCGCGGACGGCGCGAUCGAGCGGUCCGUCGCCGACGUCGGCGGCGACGCGCUCGAGCUCGAGCUCUACCCCAUCUUCGUCGACGUGCUCGACGACAAGGAGGAAUUGGUGGAGACGCUGCAGAUCAGCGCCCACGAGACCCUGGGCCGCGUCGACGCCAAGGUCCGGAGCUGCCUCGCGAAGGCCGACGACGACGGCGAGCAGAAGACCGACGAGCGCCGCGCCUUGCUCAAGGCCGGCGCCGGCGGCGAGUUCCGCACCCUGGAAACCUCGGAGGAGACCCUGGAGAACGUCGUCGGCGGCGAGGACCGCGCCUGGGCACGAUUGGAGCCGCGGGAGGAGGAGGGCGCGGUCCCGGCGCCGAAGAAGAAGCGGUGGAGCUUCACGUCGACGUCGCGGUCGCACGGCGACCCCGACGCGAAGGACGGCGCGGCCGUGGCCGCGCGGGACGCGGGGCUCUGCAACCUGGGCAACACGUGCUACAUGAACGCCACGGUGCAGGCGCUCUGCCACGCGCCGCCGAUCCGCGACUACUUCGCGAGCGGCGAGUACGCGUACGACGUCAACGUCGACAGCCGCUACUCGCCCCGCGGGGCGCUCGCGGCGUCCUUCGGCGAUCUGGUGGCGGCGUUGGCGACGCGCAAGGGGCCCGUGGCGCCCCACAAGUUCCGCCGCGUCGUCGGCAAGUUCGACGCGACGUUCGCGGGCUACGGGCAGCAGGACGCGUUCGAGUUCGCGUCGAAGCUCCUCGAGGGGCUCGGCGACGACCUCUCGGGCAUCGGCGACGGGAGCAAGCCCUACCUCGAGAACCCCCAGGUCGUCGACGGCCGCUGCGACCUCGACGGCGUCGUCGAUUCGGAAAACGCGAAGGUCCGCGAGGUCCCGGGCGACCCGUCGGCGACGGAGCGCGCGGUCGCGGACGCGUGCUGGACGAACGCGGCGCGGCGCGAGGACCACUUCGUGACGACGGCGCUGACGGGCCAGACGCGCGCGAAGCUCGACUGCAAGGAGACGGGCGAGUCCCUCGUGCUCUACGAGCCCUUUACCGCUCUGUCCGUGCCGCUGCCGCACAGCGCGCCGCGCUUCGACGUCCACGUCCGCGUGAGCCUCGCGUCGAACCGCAACUGGCCCGUGGACGUGCGCGUGAGCCUCGCCGACGCCAAGGACGAGGGCGAGGCGAAGGCCGCCGCGGCCUCGUUCCGCGGCCGCGCGCGGAGCCGCGGCGACAAGCGCGGCGACGCGAGUUACCCGACGGUCGGCGACGUUCUGGACGAGCUCUGCGCGCUGGACGAUCUGGUGACGGCCGACGGCGACCCCUGCGAGGCGUCGCUGGGCGAGUCGAAGCGCGAGCUCCCCGCGGGCGAGCGGCUGGAUCGCGCGACGCUGGUGGCCGGCAGGGUCGACGACGACGACCCGUCGGCCAUCGCGCAGCUGUUGGACGAUGAUGAUCGAUUGGACCUGGCGCUCCGUCGAGGUGCGCCGGGCGUGCGCCUCGUCGACGACGGCGACGGCGACGACGACGACGUCGACGGCGCGGUGAAGUCCCAGUCGAACCGGCCGCGCGCGCUCCGGUUUUCGUUGCGCGCGGCGCUCGACGCGCCCGACGACUCGCCCUACUUCCUGAGCCGGAAGCGGCCGACGCUCCUGGGCGCGCCCUUCGCGCUCCGGGCGACGCGGAGCAGCUCCUGCGCCGCGCUGUACGCGGCGGUCUGGGCCCAGAUCCGCGUCUACUUCGCGGACCUGCCGCGCCACCUCUUCGACGACACGGCCGAGGGCCCCGUCGGCGGCCGCAAGUACCCCUUCGAGCUCCGCCGCGCGCAGCCGCCGCGGCCGACGAAGCCGGACAAGGGCGGGGCCUACUCGUCGCGCCGGUCGCGGCGCCGGUCGCCGGACCGCUUCGCGCGGUCGCCGGGCGACCGGCGCGGCUUCGCGGGCGCCAAGGCGGGCCGCGCGGACCGCGCGGCGUCGUUCGACGACGAGCCCAUCGCGCCGCCGCGCGAGGACCGCCACGCGGGCGCCCUGGUGCCCGAGGACGACGAGGCCAACCCGGCCUUCUUCGACGACCUGGAGGACGGCGAGUUCUUCAUCGUCGACCUGCUGGACGCGGCGCGCGACGCGUUCGCGAGCUCCGACGCGAUCGCGGGCUUCGCGCGGCCCCACGCGUCGCUCGCCGGCGACGCGCCGAAGCGGCCCGGCGAGCCCCACCGCGCCCUGCGCGACGACGCGGACCGGGGCCGCGAGAGCUCGCUCCAGCAGUGCUUCGAGGCCGCGUUCAAGGGCGACGGCGACGCGUUGGAGCGGCGGUCGCCCAAGCUCGAGCGCGACGCCAAGUGGACGCGCGACGUGCGCCUCGUGGUCGCGCCGCCCGUGCUCGUCGUGCACCUGAAGCGCUUCGGCGAGACGGGCACGGGCCGCAAGGUGAAGCGGUCCGCGAAGGUGAGCUUCCCGCUCGACGGGUUACGGGUGGACGACUUCGCGUUCGCGGGCCGGUCCGACGCGGGCGCGCCCUGGACCUACGAUUUAGUGGCUGUCGUCAACCACAUCGGCGGGCUCAGCGGCGGCCACUACACCUGCGCCUGCCGCGUCGACGCGCGCGACGGCCGGGGCCCGCGGCCGGGCGACCGCUGGCUCGAGUGCAACGACCGCCACGUGUCCGACCUGGACGCGAAGCUCGUCUGCUCGCCCCAGGCCUACGUCUUGGUCUACCUGCGGCGCGACGCGCCCCAGGCCCUCGUGCGCGAGGCGCGGCCCCGGCGCCGCGACGACAAGGUCGACGUCGGCGCGAUCCUCGACGCGGCGACCAAGAGCUCGCGCCGCGCUAGAUCGCCGGCCAAGGUCCGGCCCGAGAAGGAGAAGCGGGGCGCGGCCAAGGCCCGCGACGGCAACGCGAGCGACGACAAGACCGACGACGAGGACGACGGGCCCAAGUCCGACGACGACGGCGCCAAGGACGCGCCGCUCCGCAAGUCGCGCGGCCGCAAGUUCGUCUCGGGCCUCAUGUCCGCGCUCCGCGGCGGGCGCGCGGACAAGUAG